AUGCAACUAUUUUUGUUGAAAACACGUUUUGUGGAACAAUAAUAUUGUUAUUAAUUGAAUAAAUAUAAACAAAAUGAGUGACACUACUUUUAAUCAACUUAAACUAAAUCCUUGGAUCACUCGACAAUGUAAUUCUAUUGGUGUUACAAAACCAACACCCAUCCAAACAAACUGCAUUCCGAACAUUCUUGCUGGUAAAGAUGUGAUUGGAGCAGCAAAGACAGGCAGUGGCAAAACACUGGCUUUUGCCUUACCAAUAUUACAGAAACUCUGUGAGGAUCCAUAUGGAAUAUUUGCCCUUGUUCUUACUCCAACAAGAGAGUUGGCUUACCAAAUUGCUGAUCAAUUUGCAGUGAUUGGCAAGCCUAUGAAUUUGAGACAUUGUGUGAUUGUUGGUGGAAUGGAUAUGAUCAAACAAGGAAAAGAACUUGCUACAUUGCCCCAUGUUGUGGUUGCUACUCCAGGAAGACUUGUUGAUCACUUGAAUAGUUGUAAUACUUUUACAUUGAGUAAAUUACAAUUUUUAGUCUUAGAUGAAGCUGACAGACUUCUUGGCGGACAUUUUGAUGAUCAAAUCAAGGCAAUUUUCAAAGAACUCCCCAAAACUCGCCAAAACCUAUUUUCAGCAACAAUAACAGACACAUUGGAAAAACUUAAAUCAGCUACCGGUAAAGAAGUGUUUCUGUAUGAGGAUCCUGCUGAAGUUGCCACAGUUGAGCAACUUGAUCAAAAUUAUGUUCUGUGUCCAAAAGACGUUAGAGACGCGUACUUAGUUGAAGUUAUCCGCACAUACCGACAAUCAAACGAAAGAGGAAACAUUAUGGUAUUCACUGAGAGUUGCAAGAAGUGUCAAAUUCUGUCUAUGAUGUUGAACGAUGUGGGUUUCGAAAACGUCGCACUGCACGCAAUGAUUCCACAAACUCAACGACUUGCAGCACUUGCAAAGUUUAAAUCAAACAAUGUGAAGAUAUUGAUUGCCACCGAUGUAGCAAGCAGAGGGUUAGACAUUCCAACAGUUCAAUUAGUUAUUAACCAUUUGGUUCCGAAAGUGCCAAAGGAAUAUAUUCAUAGAGUUGGUCGUACAGCGCGUGCAGGACGCGGAGGAAAAGCCAUUACAUUGAUUAGUCCUUUUGACAUUGAACAAUUACAAGCGAUUGAGGCUUGUAUUAACACGAAAUUGACUGAGUUCAAAGUUAAUGAUGAUGAAGUAGGGAAGAUUUUUACUCAAAUAUCCGUCUCCAAAGGUGAAGCACACAUAAAACUAGACGAGAAAGACUUCUACGAGAAGAAAAUGAUUAAUUUGAAGAAGAAGUGGAUCCUUGAAGGCCUGGAUCCCGAUGAGGAAGAAGAAAAACUAUUAAAAAAACGUGUUAAACGCAUGAAACCAGAAAAGAAAUCAAAAAAGAUUCAAGAUGCUUUGUGAAAUAUUAAAUAAAUAUUAUACACGCAA